AUAUGUGGACUUUUAGAUUUUUUGAAUCAUGGAGAUAGUGCUGUGUUAAAUCAAGAUAUUUUACCUGAUGUUGUUUUGAAGUUUGACUUUGCUCGAGAUAUCCUUCAACUUAUUGACAAAGCAAAUAUAAAAAAGCCAAUUAUUGGUAUAGGGCACUCAGUUGGUGGUCAUUCCAUGUUACUUGCAGAAAUUCUUCGUCCUGGAACUUUUACAAGUAUCCUUGCUAUUGAACCUAUAAUGAAGCCUAAUCUCGUUAAAGAAAUGAAUCCUCUUAAAGAGUUAGAUAUUAAAAGAAGAAGAGAUAGAUGGCCGGAUAGAGAAGCAGCAUAUGCAAGUUUCAUUACGAAAAAGUUUUUUCAAAGUUGGGACCCUGAAGUACUUAACCUCUAUAUUCAAUAUGGAUUAUGUGAAUUGCCGUCCGGAGAAGUUAUAUUAAAAUGUUCCAAAAUUCAAGAGUUUAAUUCAUUUUAUUCUGAUACGUCAUCAUCAAUCACUUUAUUUCAUCGAAUAUCGGAAAUUCAAUGCCCUAUUCUAUUUGUUGCUGGUGACAAAUCGAAUUUUGAGUCUAAAGAAUUGAGUCUUCUUAAUGCAUCACAAUGCAAACAUAAUGAGCUUAUAUUUGUAGAUGCUGGUCAUUUGGUGCCAAUGGAAAAACCUAUACAAGUUG